AUGAUUUCAGCAGUAAAAAAUGUUUACAAGAAUUUGUCGCCGAUAGCACAAAGUUUAACAGGGAAGAAGCUAAAUAUAGAUUGGAAAACUGAAAAACCCAUUGACAAUUUGGUGCUAAAAAAGUUUGCUUCCAAGCUUCCUGACCUUGAGAAGAAGGUCAACACUAUAAAGCCAUUCUUAUAUAUAAUUCAAUGCUUGGUGCGAUCAAAGAUUUUUAUUUUUACGUUUGUUUGCGUAUACGUACGUGUGAGCCCCCCAAAAGAGUUGAUUUUAGCCGGAAGUGGUGUUGGAGAUGUCCUACUCCUGGCCUCUACGUGGCGGGGGGUGGGUAAUGCUAACCGGAGAGGGCGAAUGGCGAGUAACCAGCGCCUUAAAACUGGUGUUCUGUUGGUUUCGGGGUUGUCAUUGGUGGUUGUCAUUGUGAGGGCCAAGUUCUACGGCGACGGACACAAAUGGAGGAUGACACUGGAGGUGUUUAGCCACAAAUCAGCACACGACAAAGCAGCCCUAUUUAGGGACGCACUGCUUUCUUCAGAGUUGAAGAGGGGACUAGAAAAGGUUGUCCUAAACAUUGCUAGCUCAUGUCUGGACAUCUUUCUCUGCGGUAAAAAUUCAAAAAUUGUUAAAAGAAAUAUCUUGAACCUUGCUGCUUGGAAUGUACAUACAUUGCUAGACAAGGAAAGUCGACAUGAACGUCGCACUGCAAUUGUGGCUCGUGAGCUCGCCAGCUUUGGCAUCGACAAAAUUUUCUGCAUCAACCCACUGCUAUGCACCCACGCUUGGCCAACAAAGGAGGAAAAAGAUUUGUUCUAUGGGCAGCUCAAUGAAGCUGUUGCUUUAACACCAUAUAAAGCAUCAACUGUACGUAUCACAGCUCUGGUUGACAAAAGGAAACGGCGAAAACAGGUGGCCCAGGAUGAAAGCGGCACAGGAGUGUGGGUCUGUGAAAUCGGUAAUUGUCGAUGUUUGCCUAGAAUUGGACUCUUUGCCCACAUGAAGUCACAUCAAUGA